AUGGUGGCGACGGCGGCGGGACUUCUCACCCGCGACCUGUCUGGCUCCUCCAGUCUCACGGCUAUGAGGAAAGUGGUUCAGCAUCUCCGGCUGGAAGCUGGGUUGAACCGGGUGAAGGUUUCCCAAGCAGCUGCAGACAUAAGACAAUUCUGUUUGCAAAAUGCUCAGCAUGACCCCUUGCUGACCGGAGUGUCUUCAAGUAUGAAUCCCUUCAGACCUCAGAAAGUCUGUUCCUUUUUGUAGUAAAACACAUCUUUGGAAGGUUUU